AUGCGGCAACGUACCGGCAUUAAACAUAGAUCAUGGCCCCCCCCGGGCCGGCAACGACUGUCUACCUCCCCUUUCCUCUCUUUCCUCGUCCUUCCAUUCCUCGUUUUCCUACUCAGCUUUGCAGGCUCAGCUUCUGCUGCUGGCUCCGCGGUGAUUGGUCUUGAUGUUGGUACAGAAUACUUCAAGGCCACAUUAGUGAAGCCCGGCAUCCCUCUCGAGAUCGUGCUCAGCAAGGACUCGAAACGCAAAGAAUCGGCUGCAAUCGCAUUCAAGCCGACGAGAGACUCCUCCGACUCCUUCCCCGAACGAUUCUACGGCGGCAAUGCGCUAGCCCUGGCGGCUCGAUACCCCGAUGACGUCUACACCAACCUUAAGGCUUUGCUGGGAGUGCCGUUCAAUGACGGAAACGAUGAAUCAGUCAAGGGCUACUGGAGCCGGUAUCCAGCUUUGAACCUUGAGGCCGCUCCUGAACGGGAAUCCGUUGCGAUGCGUAGCUCUCGCCUUGGCGAAGCGGAGAAGAAGGAUGCUUUUCUGGUUGAGGAGAUUCUGGCUAUGCAAUUGAAAGAGGUCAAGGCUAAUGCCGACUCGCUGGCUGGCCAGGGCUCUGAUGUCCGUGAUGUGGUGAUCACUUAUCCCGCUUUCUAUACCGCGGAGGAGAAACGGAGUCUCGUACUGGCAGCGGAUCUGGCAGGCCUGAACAUUGAGGCUCUUGUCAGUGAUGGAUUGGCUGUUGGAUUGAACUACGCCACCUCCAGACAGUUCCCAAGUGUCACGGACGGAGAGAAGCCCGAGUACCAUGUUGUCUUCGAUAUGGGUGCUGGUUCGACAACUGCCAGUGUGUUGCGCUUCCAGAGCCGACAGGUCAAGGAUGUGGGUCGCUACAACAAAACCAUCCAGGAGAUUCAUGUUCUUGGAACUGGCUGGGAUAAGACACUUGGAGGCGACUCUCUGAAUGAUCUUAUUGUGGAUGACAUGGUCGCCAAAUUGGUCGAGCACAAGAAGCUGAAGGACAAGGUCACUCCUGAGCAGGUAAAGUCGCAUGGAAAGACUAUGGCCCGUCUCUGGAAGGACGCCGAGAAGGUUCGUCAGGUUCUCAGCGCCAACACGGAAACAGCCACCAGCUUUGAGGGUCUGUAUGAUGAAGACUUGAACUUCAAAUACAAGCUCUCCCGCGCUGAUUUCGAGAAGAUGGCUGCUGGUCAUGCAGCCCGUGUUGGUGCUCCUCUGGAGCAGGCCCUUCAAGAGGCCGGAUUGACCUUCGAUGAUAUUGACUCGAUCGUUCUCCAUGGUGGAGCUAUCCGAACUCCAUUUGUUCAGAAGCAGCUGGAGAAUGUUUGCGGGUCUUCCAAGAAGCUUCGCACCAACGUUAACGCCGAUGAGGCCGCUGUUUUCGGUGCUGCAUUCAAGGGUGCCGCUCUCAGCCCUAGCUUCCGUGUCAAGGACAUUCGUGCCCACGAUGCGGCUGUCUACCCUGUCGUUCUCAAGUGGAACUCAGAUGGCAAGGAGCGAAGCCAGAAGCUCUUUACAUCUACUUCUCAAGUCGGUCCGGAGAAGCAGGUCACUGUCAAGAACUUGGCCGAUUUCGAGCUUAGCUUCUACCAGCAAGUUGGUGACAAUGUUCUGCCUGUUUGGACUGUUCAGACCCAGAACUUGACCGCGUCAGUGGCCAAACUCAAGGACACCUUUGGCUGUUCGGCUGCGAACAUUACGACCAAGUUUGGUAUCCGUCUCAGCCCUGUUGAUGGUCUCCCUGAAGUCACAGGUGGCAAUGUUAGCUGUGAAGUCGAGGCUGAGAAGAAGGGAAUCGUCGAAGAUGUGAAGGACUUCUUCGGUCUUGGAUCUAAGAAGGAUUCGCAGCAGGUCCUGGGCGAGGAUGGCGAGCCCGCUGAAUCAAUCACUCUUGAACCUGAGGCUGAGUCCUCGACCACCCCUUCUGCCAGCGAGUCCACUACCUCCAGUGUGACCAAGGAGAGCACCAAGGCAACCGGUAACACAAAGUUGGAGAUUAUUCCUAUCAGCUUAAAAUCUACCCAGCUUGGAACCCAGGCUCCAUCGGCCGCUGAGAUGUCCCGCAUUCGUAGCCGCCUGGCUGCAUUUGACGCCUCCGACCGCGACCGUGUUCUUCGCGAGGAGGCUCUGAAUGAACUCGAGUCCUUCAUCUACCGAAGCCGCGAUCUCAUCGAGAGAGAUGAUUUUGUCCAGGCAAUCAAGGAAGAUCAGCUCACUGAUCUCCAGGAGAAGGUCUCCAAGGCCAGCGAUUGGCUCUACGAGGACAGUGAUAAUGCAAAGACCGCAGACUUCAAGGCGAAGCUGAAGGACCUGAAGGUGAUCGUCGACCCUGCUCUGAAGCGUAUCAAGGAAUCCUCUACCCGCCCCGCGCGCAUCGAACUCCUUCAAGACAUGUUGAAGAACGCCGAGUCCAUGAAGCAGUUGAUUGAGAGUCAAAUUGAAAAUGACCAAGCCGCUUACUCGUCAGCUCUUUCGGCCUCAAGCACUGCCACGGUCGAGGAGCCUGAGACUGAGUCCGCUACCACCCCCACCCCAGCUCCCUCCGAUGAUCCCCUAGAUGAUCUUGACGAAGACCCCUACUCGACCUCUAGCUCCAAGACCUCCACAAAGUCUUCUGCCGCGCCUAAACCUACUGGUCCUAAAUACACUCUCUUCACUCCAGCUGAUCUGGCUUCCUUGAGCCAAGUCUACGAGUCUACCAAGCCAUGGCUUGAGGCUCAGCUUGAGCUUCAGGAAAAGCUCACCGAGUCGGAUGACCCCGCCUUGACAGUCGUGGAAAUUGACUCCCGUCUGCGCGAGUUCGAGCGCAUCUUGAACCGCAUGUACGAGCGUAUGACUGCCGCCGCUGGACGCAAGAGCCAAAAGGCCGGUAACAGUCAGAAGAGCAGUAAGAAGGAGAAAGCUGAGUCUGCCAAGGCCAAAAAGACUGGUAAGGGCAAGGAAGAUAAGAAGGAUACAAAGGAGGAUGACCGUAAGGACGAGCUCUGA